GCCGAGUGAAGUUUGCUCCUUCUUCGAUAUCGUUAUUCACGGGUCGAAAUUUUUUUACGGAGUUAAAAGUCAUAUUUACAAGGGAUUAACAUUAGUCAUUUAAAUGAACAUCGGGUAUUCGAGUGUGAAGAGAGGGCGGGAAGGAGGCAAUUCGUCGGUGUAAUGUGCGUGCAAGUUUUCGGCUAACGACGGAUAGGUUAAAACAGAGCGCAUACUAGAAAUAUUUUUUCGCUACUGCUUCUUCUUGAGAAAAGUUUCGGGUUUUUAAACGAUUGCACUUUGAGGUGGUAACAGUGCGAUGCAGGGGGCAGUCGCUCGGUCAGUUUUGUACUUUUCUGUUGUGUAGCCACACGGCACCCACGGCACACAUCACAACCGCUCGGGAGAAUCGACAGAAGCUGGGGUCAGCUUCGUGUUCGAGAUAUCAAGUCCAAUGAUCGUUCACUCGAGAUAGCAGUUAAUUCUCGAGCGUGGGACAGUAGAAGAUCCGCGAAUAUCCGUGCUAAACGGAUUAUACCAGAAAGAAAGGAGUCGGGAAGGAAGGAGAGAGAGAGAGACAGAGUGAGAGAAAGAAAAGGGAGAAUUUCCUUGCUAAGAAAAAAGUAAUACGUAAAAAUAAUCAGUCUCGAUAAAAAGUGUCCGUCCUUUGACAUCGCGAGUGUGUGAACGUCGUGAGAAAAUAGAAUGAAGUAAAGUAAAGUAAAUCAGCUAAGCCGGAGAGAGGAAAUUUUAAUGGCGAUCGGUUUAACGUGUUGUGACUUUUUACCAAAUUUCAACAUCGGCUCAAUUCGUCGGUGAGAAUCGGAACCUGAUGUGUCCCCACCCAUGUUUGUGAAUGAAUAAUCAUGUACUGUCAAGAUAAGGGCUCAGUCGCCUCAAAAAGCAAAGAAGGUUCUGUGACGAUGCGCGAAAAGAAGGGAGGCGCCUUAAGCAGAGUCCAAAAGCUCAAGAAACGCCUUAGCCAUAGUUUUGGCAGACUUUCAAUAUCUAAGGAAGAAGCAGACGAUGUUGCCACAAGGGAACACCAGUUACCGUAUAACGGGUAUUCAGAAGAAUUUCUCGAUCGUUUAGAGCCAAAUGGUAACAUACCUACCGACAAAGAUCGACGAUAUGAGUGGGCGGGUGUCGGUGAACACGAGAGAGUGCAUCGACAGCUCUCUGUUUCUAGUGAUUCUAAGCUCCUCGAUGUAGAUAUAAGGGAAGAGGCAAGGGUGGUUCUACGGAAUCGACGUCCUCCUCGUCCAAAAUCCGAGGUUUUCCUAGGGCCCGACCCUCCCCCGAGACGGGCAAAACGUUUCUCCGCAUUCGGGGGAGAUUCGCCGUUUGGUAAAUCAGAUGCCUACAUCAAACUGGAGCAGCUUGGAGAGGGUUCUUAUGCUACAGUAUUCAAAGGGUACAGUAAUCUGACAAACCAGGUUGUCGCUCUUAAAGAGAUUAGACUACAGGAAGAGGAAGGUGCACCUUUCACUGCCAUUCGUGAAGCCAGCCUUUUAAAGGAGCUCAAACACAGCAAUAUAGUUACACUCCAUGAUAUUGUUCACACUCGUGAAACUCUUACUUUUGUAUUCGAAUUCGUUCACACCGACUUGUCACAGUACAUGGAGAGGCACGGCAGCGGAGGAGGGGGCCUUGAUCCGCGAAAUGUUCGGUUGUUCCUAUUUCAACUACUCAGAGGACUAGCUUAUUGUCAUCGCAGAAGAGUACUGCACCGUGACGUGAAACCCCAAAACCUGUUGAUAAGUGAAAUAGGCGAAUUGAAAUUGGCGGAUUUUGGUCUGGCUCGGGCAAAGUCAGUACCGUCGCAUACCUAUUCACAUGAGGUUGUGACGCUGUGGUACAGGCCGCCAGAUGUGCUGCUCGGUUCGACGGAGUACUCGACUUCAUUGGACAUGUGGGGCGUUGGAUGCAUAUUUGUAGAAAUGUUGACGGGGCUGCCGACUUUCCCAGGUGUCCGAGAUACUUAUGAUCAACUCGAUAAGAUAUUCAGAGUUCUUGGAACACCGACCGAAGAUAGUUGGCCAGGCGUCACACAUCUACGUGGAUACCAAGCCCACAAACUAGCAUUUUAUCCAUUGCAAAAAUUGGGACUUUCCUUUCCCAGGCUGUACGAUGUUCCUGAAGGUGAUAAUAUGGCCUCCGCACUUUUACAGCUAAAUCCAGAUGAUCGGAUAGGCGCUGAUGACGCUCUUAGGCAUCCUUAUUUCGCGACACUUCCGCCAAAACUUUACGAGUUGCCUGACGAAGUGUCCAUAUUUAGUGUCGAGGGCUGCCAUUUAUUCACGGAAUCGCGGCACUCUGCUCUGAAGACUUGAGACUAGCAUAAUUGUUGAGUUAUAACAGAGAAAAAUAUAAGAAGAAAUUAGGAGAAGUAAUGGCCAAUCUACAAGUUCAGAAAUAUAGGCACCAGUGCGUUGCCUGCUCUCUCUAUAUCUCUCUCUCUCUUUCUCUCUCUGCCUCUUUUAGGGCCACUCGACUUCCAACAUACCACAAAUCGAUGAUGGUUUUUUUCUGAGAACAAUUAUUGCAAUCAAAUGAUAAAUGAAUCGAUGAAAAAAAACCAGUCUGAAAAAUACGUAUAUAAAAAAAAAAGCUAACGAAAAAGAACCCUAAGUUUUAACGUAAA